CGCCAUGUCAAGCUGCUAGUUUAUGUUCAAACCGUUUAUAAUUGUCUCCAGAUACCCCGAAAUGGUAGCAUAUUGAAGCUGAAAGAAGUUGGUGUCGGGGGUACCGAGUUCCGCAGUAACCGAAUCGGAUGGGCUAUGAGAUAAUUCGUAAGAAGCCAAAGAGCCGAAAGUUCUUAAUUCGAUUUGUUAAAUAUAUCAUUGAACAUCAACUCUACAAAAAAAUAGUAGUCUGAAGAAAACUAUUACAAUAUUCAGUUGAACCGAAGGUUUAUUAUAGAUACUUUGGUGUCGAAAGCUUGAGAAGGCAUCAACAUAUUAGACGACUCGAAAUCAGAAUUCCUUCACCCAGAGCUUCCGGUCAAAUUCGAGGCAUGGUGUAGCCGGAGAUGCUCUCUACGGACUUCUAGUUUGAGUAGGAGAUCAGCCAACAUAGGUACCCGGAUGGAACGGCAAUAUUCUUUUAGCAGAUCACAUCAUUCAUGCAUGUUUUCAAGAAGAGGCAAUGAUAAACACGGAUAGUCGGCAAGACACUCAAAAUGUCCGACACUGUGCUGUGCCUAGAUGUGAAGGACAAAUAUAAAUAUGCUGGUGAUUCCAUAUACAAAUCAACUUCUUCACAGAUCUUCCAACAUGUCUCGACACCUUCUACUCAUCAUCGCUUUCGCUAUCGUUCUUUGCAACGCAUCAACAAUCUCCAACUACUGGGGUUCACACAACUGUGAAGGCUCUUACCACCGUUGCUACAACCGCCGAGCAGGGCAGUGUUGUGAAGACAACGAGACCUUUCGUUCCGCUAAGUUUGGGGGCCUUCCUAAAGGCCCCAAGACUUGUGUAACAAACGACCAAGACCCUCAUGACUACUGCGGAGUGUCGCAGAAGGCAAUCCUCACAUUCAAAAGCACGACCUGUCUUACCGGUAACGGAUACGCUUGGUCAGGCGGAUCUAUCUUCUUCGACUGCAACUACAUUCGUGAGCAGAUGUGCCUCUCUGACCGUGGUCUUGAACAUAGUGAAGAUAUGCCUGAUCGCGAUACGAAAUUGCCUGACAUCAAGUGUACCUCUUCACACAAGCCUGACGUUGUCGGAGCUUAUGGAUACGAAUUCUUUGUCUACGGCACUGAUUUGGCGAAGAAGUAUGGGAAGGUCGCGUUAAAUGAUGAGGAAACAAAAGAAAUCUUGGCACUUGUUAAGGGUUCUUCUGAAUCCUCGCUGGAGGAUCUGCUGGCAAAGUUUGGGCACAGUGCUGUGAAGGAGGGGGAGAUUCAAGAUGAGUAGGAGGACUGAUUCAGAGCGAAUGACCAAAGCUACCCUUGAUGGCAUUGAAUCAAUUUUCUCAUGAGCCUGUAGACUUGUAUCAGUUGGCCAGUUGUGACAUGGAACACGAGAUGCUACCGUCGUAAUUCCACCAUGUAUCAGCCAUAGAAGAAGACACGUGUGCAGUGACUGAAGACAGAAUAUUUGUAUAUAACCUGGGAGAUCCCACCUAAAGUUUAUAGUAAAUCCACCAAAUUUCCAAAGCCUAACAAGAAUCAACAAAGUUUAAAAAAACUAAUCGUCAAGGCCAAAAUGUGCAAUAAUGUCAGAUAUAGGUACCACUGCGAGAGAUGCAGACACUUUCUUUCUGAGCAACAGUGCUCCAGCCUUGUGGCAAGCGAAAAGGAAGUGGGGCUGUAUAACCACAAGCGACACAGUGAAUAGAGAUGUAGGUCAUUGGCAUUGUAACAGGUGCUUGAGGAAGGAAAGGAGCAAGUAGAAGAACAAGAAUUGAGAAAGCUGAGUCAUAAUCAUGUAUACAGAAGAGCACAUGAGUGAAAGAGACAAUCGGAUGGAUACGUGAUUGACGGAUCAUAAAUACAAAAUCAUAUAAAGCGGUGCU